AUGAUUCGGCAAGAUGCGCAUCGGAUUGAUCCCAAACGCAGGGCAACUAUCGACCAUAAGAAAAGACAGUUCGCUACGCCGACCUACAAGCAGCAGGACUAUCCGCAUCGUCUGAACUUGUACGACACGCCGCCCACAGCGGAAAUCACUCUCGAGCAAUUUGAGCAAUGGGCUAUCGAUCGGUUGAAAGUCCUGGCCGAGAUCGAAGCAUGCUCCUAUCGCAACAAGUCUCCCGCGGAGACUGAAUCCCACAUUACACCUCUUCUCUCGAAAUUCCUCCCUCUCUCCUCUAAUACUGCUUAUCCUAAUGGUGCGGCCGAUCCUCGCUUGAAAAAUGAACGCCAAAAGGAUCACUAUUCACACUUUAUCCUCCGCCUCGCCUUCUCCGCGACGGAGGAUCUUCGUCGACGAUUCGCACGCGCCGAGACAAUGCUAUUCAAAUUCCGCUUCCAGAAGGAUGACUCGAGGGAGAGACGCGCGUUUAUCGAGAGUUUGAAUCUUGAUUGGGAGCCCGUAAGUGAAGAGGAACGGAACCAGGUUGCCGAGAACCUGCUCGGCGCGACUCCGGGUCUGCGUCGUGUCGAUGAAGAGACUUGGUAUAAAGUCGAUUGGGAGAAGGUUGCGGAAUUAGUUGAGCGACGAUCUGUCUACAUGAAGCGCGGUAAAGCCUAUGUUCCUGGCAGGGAACAGCUGAGCAUGAUCAUGGCCGAAUUUACUGCUCGUCUGGAGCGGUCAUUGGAGCUCACAAGCCGAGCUCUACCACGCCUGGAUGAGGAUGACCGUCUGACGCCCAUCUUGAACCACCUCUCCAAGAACUUUGGCAGUGCCGAGUCCGUCUACUCCGAGGGCGAAGGCCAUGUCGACGGCACAGCAAUCACAGCUAGCUCCAUUGACUCGCUCUCCCAGCACUUCCCCCUGUGCAUGCGCAGCUUACACAUCAACUUGCGAAAGAACAACCACCUGAAGCACUUCGGACGACUACAAUACACGCUUUUCCUAAAAGGCAUUGGCUUGUCGCUCGAGGAGUGUAUCCUCUUCUGGCGUCAAUCCUUCAAGGGAAAGACAGAUGACGAGUUCAAUUCGCAAUACAAGUACAAUAUCCGCCACGCUUACGGUGAUGUGGGUGGUGACGUGAACCGUCGUGGUCGUGGAUACCCGCCUUACUCGUGCCAAAAGAUCCUGGGAGACAACAACGUUGGCGUUGGCCAAGCUCACGGAUGCCCGUACCGCCAUUUCUCUGUUGAUAACCUAGUCGGAUUACUCCAAUCCACCGGUGUUCAUGACAAGGAGGUGCUCCGUGGAGUCCGCGAGGACGUUGGCAAGCAACGCUAUCACAUUGCGUGCAACCGAGUCUUCGAAUGGAGCCACAAGAGCGAGAUCAAGAAGGUCAAGGAAGAUGGGACAUGGAGUCAGGCGGAUCUGGAUACGAUCGUCCAUCCUAACACCUAUUUCAAGCGCAGCUAUCUGCUAAAGACGCUGGCCAAAGCUCCGCCCCGAGGCGAGGCCUGA